CUUCAUAAAAAGAAAGUAAAAUUUGGAUUCCCCAUCUCUCAAGAGAAAUAUUAUUUAAUCCAAAAAUAGAGGCAUAACAGGCUGUAACCACAGAACUAAUCAUUUUUGAAUAAUAAUCCCCAUCAUCAUGCAUCAGAGCCACACAAAUUCUCCUUCCCUGCCAUCUGCAGCACCAUUUUUAAUCAUCAACUUUUCUUAAAAUCUUGUGGCAAUUUUUUUCCACGAACAAAAUCAUUCCAACUUUUACUGUUUAAAAUAAUAAAUCACACAUUCUCCAAUAUCUAUCUAUGUCUGUCACCCAUUCAAACUCCUCCCAUGAAAAAGCCAAACACUACUGACAUUUUAACAGUCUCUCUCUCUCUCCCACAAGCUUUCUCUCCUUUUUCUCUCACACAUCGCAUACAGAGACAGAAGCACACAUUUUUCCAAAACGCCCUUUCCUUUGCUUUCCAAAAUGUUCCCAGAGGGCAGGGGCCAGAGAUAAAGCUACAUAGGACUAAGGCCUCUCGUAACUAAUUUACUCCCUCUUGGCCUCUUUAUCUUUUCCCUUCACUAAACAAAAGCAGAAACAGCCGAUGAAGGUCUCCUCCAUGCUCAUCUUCUUCCUCUCUCUUCUAUUCUCACUCUUCCAGGCUUCUCUCUCCACCACCAUACUAAUAGAUGGAGUUUCAGAGUGGAAGAAUCCUGUUCAUAUAGGAGACUCCAUCAUUUUUAAACACAAGAAUCACUACAAUCUCUACAUUUUCCAGAACCAAAGAGCCUUCAAUCUCUGCGAUUUCACUCAAGCCACACUUCUCAAUAAACCCAAUUCCACAUCCUACACGUGGCACCCAUCACGGCCGGGUUUCUUCUACUUUGCCUUCAGCAAUGGGUCUCUGAAAGCAUGCCAAGCCUCUGAAAAGCUUUCCAUAAAGGUGUCUCCCACACCGCCACCUGAAGCUUCCGCUAUGCCUCCGGAACUUCCUCCAGUGGCAGCUCCAGCGCCAUCUUCUGGUGGAGUCGUAUCGUCCUCUCCGGCAUUCGCUUGGCCUUUCCACCCUCGCCAAGCGGCUCCACCGACUCUGGCACCCACUGCAAGCUCUCCGGUGACUGUGCCGUCCUUGGUGCCUGAUAAAGGCGAUGGUAUGCCAUUUAUCAACAGUAAUCCUGCUGUGCCCCUGCCUACCGGUGAAGUCGACUCUGCUACUAUUCGUCCUUUACCCACCUCUGGCCAGGGAGGACAGGUGAUGGUGGGGUUAUUUGCAGUUCAAACGGCUGUAUUUUGUGAGGUUUUGCUGAUGCUGCUGUAAAAAGAGGGAGAGAGGUGUGUGUAAAAUAUAUGAUGAGUAGGGUAAUGUGCAGCAUCUACUGUGGGUUAUUGAUCAGUCUAAAGUAGCUUUAGGGUUGAUGAUUAUACCAUGUAUUAAUUUUGUAUUUGUGAUGCUGUUAGCUAGACCCUUUGCUUUGGAAUCAUUGGCACUUUUUGGUCUUUAGUUUUUGCCAUGCAAUCAAGCACCAGUGUACUACUACUACUUUUUCUUUC